AUGUGGAGUGCCGCCGUGCUUCUUGUCGUUAUCCUGCCUGGCCGUUCUCUAGUACAAGCCUCUAUUGGCGACUCACAGUUUUCCUACCGGAAAUGCCUAUCGGAGUGUCGUGAUCGUUAUGACUGCGCUCCCGAUUUUUCGAGUAUUUCAUGGGGUAUUCAGCCGUGUUUUAGUUGCAAAUAUGAUUGCAUGUGGCUGACUGAAGAGGCUUUUCGAGCCGAACAUGGCUUUACACCGCAAUUUCACGGGAAAUGGCCCUUUGCCGCGAUACAGACAAGCUCUAUUGCCAUUCAGGAGCCAGCCUCGGUUGUGUUUUCCUUAUUGAACCUGGGCACUGUGCUGCUGUUUCACUAUCGACUCGGCCCCUACUCAAAUUUGCCGGACAAGUAUCUUUGGCGAAGUUAUUGUAAAGCUGGGAUUGUUACAUGGAUUUCAUCGACGGCUUUUCAUUGCGUUGAUUGUUGGCAUACGGAAAGGCUCGAUUAUUUUUUCGCAUGCUUCUUAAUCUUCGCUAGCUUUGUCGUGGCCGCAAUCUUCACAUUGCCAGAAUUGUCGAGUGGGAGCUAUGGGUCAUUUUAUCGCUCUGCCCUAACAUUCCUCUGUGCAAUUUUGUGGGUUCAUCACGUCUAUGGCCUUUUGAUCCACUUUGAUUAUGGCUACAAUAUGUUCGUCUGUAUAAUGGUAUCUAUCGCAACAACGGCUUUGUAUACGCGAUAUUUUUUGGCGCGCUUUCGAAGUAAUCAGAGGUUGACACGUGGUGAUCAAAUGUUAUUGAAGGCGAUGCUAUUGUUGAACGGAAGCGUGCUGUUUGAGCUGUUCGACUUUGCACCUAUAUGGUGGACAAUUGAUGCGCACGCACUGUUUCACUUGGCAACCGUUCCGGUCCCGUUGAUGAUACACAAGGCAUUGCGGUUAUACGACAAGGAAAGAUUUACGGCA